AUGGCUAUCAUCAGCACCUUGUCGGAUGUCCGGCUGGAUAUGCUGGCAUAUUUUGUUGCAUUUGUCUUCGUAGUAUCCGUCGUACGAAAGAAGCUGGCCCCGAAACCCAGCGCAUACUUGCUCAACCCCAGACGCUGGUACGAGUUUACCGAUGCUCGUGCAGUCUCAGAAGUCCUUCACACCACCCGCCAAACCCUCGAAGAAUGGUUCCACAAGCACCCAACAACUCCUGUCCGCCUGACAACCGAUUUCGGCGAAAUGACCUUUUUGCCUCCCACUCUGGCCGAUGAAAUCAAGAGUGAUAAGCGCCUCAGCUUCAUCAAGGCAGCUAACGAUUCGGCAUUCCACACUGAAAUUCCCGGUUUUGAGCCUUUCCGUGAGGGCGGAAGAAAUGAGGCAGGACUGAUCAAGGAGGUUAUUCACGGUCAAUUGAAGAAAACUCUGAACAAGAUGACCUUUCCAUUGGCUCAAGAAACCCAGCUGGCUGUUGAACACUACCUCGGUGCUAACAAGGAAUGGCACAAGAUUCGACUCAGAGACGCACUGCUACCCCUGGUCACCAGAAUCUCAACACGUAUCUUUUUGGGUGAAGAUCUAUGCCAAAACGACAAAUGGAUUAGCAUCACUUCGGAAUACGCUGCCAACAGUCUCGAGGUCGCAAACCGCCUGCGCGUCUGGCCCAAGUACAUGCGUUACGUCGUUUCAUACUUCUCUCCAGGAUGCGGAAUUCUACGAAACCAGGUCAAGAAUGCUCGCGAACUAAUCACUCCCAUUGUUGAACGCCGUCGAUCCGAGGAAAAGGGUAAGGAAUACAAUGAUUCUCUGGGCUGGUUUGAGAAGACUGCCAAACAAGCGUACAACCCUGCUGCUACUCAACUAUUCCUUUCUGCCGUAUCUGUCCACACCACCACCGAUCUCAUCUGCCAAUGUUUGGAAGAUAUUGCCGCUCACCCUGAAAUCAUCAAGCCCCUGCAGGAAGAGAUCAGGAGAGUUAUUGCCGAAGAAGGGUGGAACACGAAGGCUAUGUACAAGAUGUUCCUUCUUGACAGCGUAUUUAAGGAAACCCAGCGAUUGAAACCCAUCCAAGUUGCUUCAAUGGUGCGAGAAGCACAGUCCAAUAUCACACUCUCCGACGGCACAUUUAUCCCCAAGGGUCAUCAGAUUGCUGUCUCCUGUCACAACAUGCGCGAUGGAAGGAUCUACGAGAACCCUGAAAAGUGGGAUGGUUACCGAUUCUUCCGUGAGAGACAACAAUCCGCCAGAGAAGACAAGGUCCAGCUAUCUUCGACCAGUGUUGAACACAUGGGCUUCGGUUACGGAGAACACGCCUGCCCUGGUCGCUUCUUUGCCGCCAAGCAAGUCAAGAUUGUCAUGAUGUACCUUUUGCUCAACUACGAGUGGAAGAUUCCUGAAGGUCCCGAGCCACAACUGAUGGCCUGGUGCACCACUUGGGUUACGGAUCCAGACUAUGAAGUGCUAAUGCGAAGAAAAGACAAAGAUGAUCCUUGUCUGCGAUUGGAAUUGGUACAGGAUGAUUAG